UUCGUGGUGGAGGGCGGGCAGGAGGGCUGCGUGUUAAAAGAAGGGGCAGGAUGCGACAGAAAACCCAUUUCUCGGUGGCUGAGCUCGUGUCGGUGUCUCUUUUUUCCCUCUUCCCACCUUUUCCCAGGGAAAUCAGGACGCGGCGAGAUAUCGAGAAUUUUGACAAUUUUGCAAGAGCUGGGAUGAAGCCCUCUGUCGCUUUCCUGCUCCUGACAUUAGGAGCUGUGAUGAACGUCCAACCGGUGCAAGAAAAAGCAUCCCUGCUCUACCCCUACGGUCUGGAGCAGCAUGACCAGAAGAACCCCAAACUUGAUGAUGGGUCAUCGAAGAAGAUCUCCCUCGCCGUGCCCUUCACCUUCUACGGCAAAGAGUACCGAACCCUUUACGUGAACAACAACGGUGUGAUUUCCUUCGACACCCGGGUCAACCAAUACACCCCCGACCCCUUCCCCCUGGCUGAUGGACGCACCUUCGUGGCCCCGUACUGGGGGGACGUGGACAACGUGAGGGGAGGGGAUGUCUUCUACCGAGAGACCACUGACCCCACGCUGCUGGCACGCGUCACCAAGGACAUCAACCAAUACUUCCCCAAGAUCCCUUACACCGCCACGUGGGCUUUCGUGGCCACCUGGGACCACGUGGCCUACUACGGCUCUACCACCAAUAAGGGCAACACCUUCCAAGCCGUCCUGACCACCAACACCAAGACGUCCUUCAUCAUCCUCAAUUAUUGGGAUAUCCAGUGGACUACCGGGGCAGCAAGUGACGGUGACCCCGACACAGGUCUCGGAGGCACCGCGGCCCACGCCGGCUUCAACAGCGGAGAUGAAACCAAUUUCUACAACAUCCCUGGCUCCCAGACCGAUGCCAUCAUCAACAUCACCAAGACCUCCAACGUCAACGUCCCAGGGCGUUGGGUCUUCCAAGUAGACGACUUUAAGGUGACGGGUGUCCCCACGGAGGCGCCCAAGGUCGCCAACAGCAACAACUGCUGGUUAUAAAUCAAAGCGUCUGCGGCGGAAGGACCGUCCCCAUUGUCCCCGGCCCCAUCAUCCCCCCGUCACACGCGGAGGACGAGGUCGCCCAGCGGGACGCAUCAACCUCUACAGGAGCAAUAAAAUUGCAGCUGAGA